AUGAGUAGUCGCUUUUCUCGCACAAUCUAUGUUGGCAACCUGCCCUCUGAUGUAAGGGAAUCAGAAAUUGAUGAUCUAUUUUACAAGUAUGGCCGCAUAAUGGAAAUUGAAUUGAAAGUUCCUCCCCGCCCUCCGUGUUAUUGUUUUGUUGAGUUUGACAAUCCUCGAGAUGCAGAAGAUGCAAUUCGGGGUAGGGAUGGUUACAACUUUGAUGGUUGUCGAUUAAGGGUGGAGCUUGCCCAUGGAGGUAGAGGUCCAUCAUCAAGUGAUCGACGGGGGUAUGGUGGCAGUGGUGGCGGAGGUGGUGGAGGAGGAGGUGGUGGCGGUGGUGCUGGUGGGGGCCGAUUUGGUGUCUCACGCCAUUCUGAAUUUCGAGUUAUUGUUCGUGGACUCCCAUCUUCUGCAUCCUGGCAAGAUUUGAAGGAUCAUAUGCGAAAAGCUGGUGAUGUUUGUUUUGCUGAAGUUUCCCGUGAUAGUGAAGGGACUUUUGGCCUUGUUGAUUACACUAAUUAUGAUGAUAUGAAAUAUGCUAUUCGGAAACUGGAUGACACCGAGUUUAAAAAUCCUUGGGCAAGAUCAUAUAUUCGGGUGAGGAAGUAUGAGAGCAGUCGUUCAAGGAGCCGCAGCAGAAGCCCGAGCAGGAGCAGAAGUCCAAAAAGGGCUAGAAGUAGAUCUUUGGAGCGAUCUGUGUCCAGGUCACGAUCUAUUUCUAGAUCCAGAUCAGCAUCACCAAUCAAGGCUUCAAGGCCAAGAUCACGAUCGCGUUCACCCUCUCGUUCAGUAUCUCCAAGAUCACCGCCCAAGGUUCUUUCAGGUGGUAGUUGA